AUGCCUAGCACACGAGAUAAACCAGUUGAUAAAGCUAUGACUCCCGUGCCUGCGCCGAAUUCCGAGCCUACACUUACACCUUCAACUUCUAUUGAAAUUAAACAAGAAGACGAGUCCAAAAGCAGGAAGGAAGAGCUUUUCAAAGUUGAUGAUAUAAGGCUGGGCUGUAAAGUAUACGUAUUGAAGGAUGGUGAAGAGAGACUAGCGGAGAUAUUACAAGAGCAUAUCAAAAAGGGAAGAAAAGUGUACUAUGUGCAUUACCAGGACUUCAACAAAAGGUUAGAUGAGUGGAUCGAAAUUGAUCGAAUAAAUUUUUCUAAAGCAUUGAUACUACCAGAGAUAAAGAAUGAUGAGAAGAAGGAUUUUAAACAAAAGAAGAAAACUAAGCUGAAGGCGUCAAAGUCUAAAGAUGCAAAAUCAAAUAACGGUUCAACUGCUAACACGCCAAGGGAAGAAUCGACUCUUUCAAUGAACGAAGAUGAAAUGGACUUGGAGAAUCUUAAUGUGCAAGGAUUGAAAAGAUCAGGCGAGGAAAUAACUAGGGAAGAAGAGAUUAAGAAAUUGAGAGCUGGUGGAUCCAUGACUCAAAAUCACUCAGAAGUCGCCAGAGUGAGAAAUUUAUCAAGUAUUAUUUUGGGUGAACACAUUGUUGAACCUUGGUACUUUUCUCCUUAUCCUAUUGAAAUAACCGAUGAGGAAACAAUCUACAUUUGCGACUUUACCCUAUCAUUUUUUGGCUCAAGAAAGCAAUUUGAAAGGUUUAGAUCAAAAUGUUCAAUGAAACACCCACCUGGUAAUGAGAUAUAUAGAGAUGAGAAGGUGUCGUUUUGGGAGCUUGAUGGCAGAAAACAACGCACUUAUUGCCGAAAUCUUUGCCUAUUAUCGAAAUUGUUCCUAGAUCAUAAAACUUUGUAUUAUGACGUCGAUCCAUUUUUGUUCUACAUUAUGACCAUGAAAUCAGAACAGGGGCAUCAUAUCGUGGGAUACUUUUCAAAGGAAAAAGAAAGUCAAGAUAAUUACAAUGUUGCGUGUAUUUUAACCCUCCCGCCGUAUCAAAAGAGAGGUUUGGGUAAAAUACUAAUACAAUUUUCGUACAUGUUAUCUGCUGUAGAGAAGAAGGUUGGAUCCCCCGAAAAGCCGUUGUCAGAUUUGGGAUUGUUAUCAUAUAGAGCUUACUGGACAGAUACAUUGGUCAAACUACUUGUUGAGAGAAACAAUCCUGCAUUAUUUCGCAAAAACAACGCUCAAUCUGACGAAGAUGACGAGUUUGAAGGAACGCCGCAUUCGUCGAGAAACGGGGGUGGUGGUAGUAGUAGUAGUAGUAACGAAAUCACAAUUGAAGAUAUUUCAGCAAUAACGUGCAUGACAACAACCGAUAUACUACAUACAUUAACUACUUUACAAAUGUUGAGGUAUUAUAAAGGACAGCAUAUAAUAGUGUUGACGGAUCAGAUACUCACACUAUAUGACAAAUUAAUCAAAAAAAUUAAGGAGAAAAAGAAACACGAGCUAAGUGCAAAGCUUCUCAAUUGGACACCUCCGCAGUUUACUGCAAAUCAAUUGCGUUUUGGUUGGUGA